CUCAGUCUCUCAGACGUGAGUCUCUUAAAGACGCAGGAGACCUGCUUUAUUUGGAGUGAGUGACCAGUGGCAAAGCGGGAGGUUUGCCUCACUGUUUUUUGAGAUUACGUGCGGUUAGUCUGAAAGAGAAAGGUCAACAGUACAGUGGGCAUGCUUGUCUUAAAACGUGUGCGAGCCUCCUCUCCUGGCUUUGUGAAAACGAUACUGUCAGCUGCGGUCAAGUGGACCCGACCAACAUACCCAAGGCUGCUUAAACGGACCCACUUCUCCCGGCAACUACACACCUACUCGGUACUGUUUCGGCAGUCAUCCCAGGAUGUGAACCAUACUGACGCUCAUCAUGUUUUACAUAAACUGGGUGGGUUAAAGCCAGGCAUGCUGCCAGGCCUCGAGGACCUCUUGUUCUACACCAUCACAGAAGGCAAAGAACAAAUUCCAAUUACUAGAUUCAUUAAUGCCCUGAAAAGCACAGGUCUUCUGACCACAGACCCACGACUCAGAGACUGUAUGGAUCUUCUGCAGCACUCGGUACAGGAGACAGCGGGUGGAAGUAUGAUGGAUCGAUAUCUCUUUAAGAAGUGUGUAGGUAGCAACAUUGUUCUUCUGACACAGGCUUUCAGAAAAAAGUUUGUGAUUCCUGACUUUGAAACUUUUGUGUCACACAUAAAUCAUCUGUAUGAAAAUGCCAGGAGGCAGACUUCAGGCCAGGUUGCUGACUACAUUCCUCAGCUUGCCAAGUUUAGCCCAGACCUAUGGGGCGUGUCUCUGUGCACUGUGGAUGGUCAGAGGCACUCUGUUGGUGACACCAGGAUACCCUUCUGCCUCCAGUCCUGUGUUAAACCCCUGGAGUAUGCGAUUGCCAUCAACGAAGUAGGAACUGAGCGUGUGCAUCGCUAUGUGGGCAAGGAACCUAGUGGGCUCAGAUUUAACAAACUUUUCCUGAAUGAUGAAGAUAGGCCACAUAAUCCAAUGGUGAAUGCAGGGGCCAUUGUCAUCAGCUCUCUAAUUAAGCCAUCUGCAAACAAAGCUGAGAAGUUUGACUAUGUGAUGGAUUUCCUCAACAAAAUGGCUGGAUCUGAGUAUGUAGGGUUCAGCAAUGCCACAUUUCAGUCAGAGAAGGAAACAGGGGACCGAAAUUUUGCAAUUGGAUAUUACCUGAAAGAAAAAAAGUGUUUUCCAAGUGGAGCAGAUAUGAUCAGUGCCCUAGACUUCUAUUUCCAGCUGUGUUCUAUUGAAGUGACCUGUGAAUCUAGCAGUGUGAUGGCUGCCACACUGGCCAAUGGAGGUAUCUGUCCCAUCACAGGAGAGCGAGUUUUGAGUGCAGAAGCAGUCCGCAACACCCUCAGUUUGAUGCACUCUUGUGGGAUGUAUGACUUCUCUGGACAGUUUGCCUUCCAUGUGGGCCUUCCUGCAAAGUCAGGUGUUUCUGGAGCAGUGCUGCUGAUUGUACCCAAUGUUAUGGGCAUUAUGUGUUGGUCACCCCCUUUGGACAAGGCAGGGAACAGUGUACGAGGCAUUCACUUCUGCCAGGAGCUAGUGUCUUUGUUCAACUUUCACAAUUAUGACAAUCUGAGGCACUUUGCUAAGAAACUGGACCCACGAAGGGAGCCUGGUGAUAUCCGGAAUAAGUCAGUUGUGAAUUUGCUAUUUGCAGCAUACAGUGGGGAUGUUUCAGCCUUGAGGAGGUUUGCCCUGUCUGCAAUGGAUAUGGAGCAGAAGGAUUAUGACUCUCGUACAGCAUUACAUGUUGCUGCUUCUGAAGGUCACAUGGAAGUUGUGAGAUUCUUAGUAGAUGGCUGCAAGGUGAAUCCCUUCACAAAAGACAGGUGGGGUAAUAGCCCCCUCGAUGAUGCUGUUCAGUUUGGGCAUCAAGAGGUAGCAGAUUAUUUGAAGGAUUACCAAACACGCUAUGCCAUGCUUGAUCCAGGAUCAGAGGUGGAGGACCUUAGUAAAUUGGAGACAUUGGAGAGCAUGGUUUGAAUGGGCUAAAUUGGGUCAUUGAAAGAUAUCCAAAAAUCGUGGGUUGAAUCACUGGAACCAAAACUAAGUGCAGAAUGUAGCAAUUCUGUGUAACAAUGAGGAACCCAACAGAGCAUACGUAAAACUCAUUCAAAACAAAGUAGUAAACCUGCUGUUUGGAUUUUUUUGUUCCAGUUUUUGUUGUUUUGCCAACCUUAUUUAUUCUUAACAUUCUAACCUGCUUUAUAUAUUUAUAUAACCAAUAUGCACUUAGACUUUCAUUGAUUUUAGGAGUUGUGAUAAAUUAAAUUCAUCCAUAGUCUAUUAAGACUUCUUACAAAUUGUCAUAGAGAGCCAGACAUUUAGAAGGUUAGAAUGUGCAGAGUUUAUUUGUUGUCAACAAUGUCUGUUAAAAAUGUUGAAGAUUCAGCAGACAUGAUAUUUGUUGGGAGCAUGAUAGUGUGUAUCUUAUUGCUUCGGCUUUGGCUACCAGUAGAAAUUUUGCUGCAGUGCAAAAUACUACUUUUGUAUCUUACUCAGGGAGAAAAACAAAAGCACAGAAAAAUCAAGCAGUUGACUUUGCAAUCCAAAAAAUCAAACAUAGGGAAAGCAUAUAUAUCGGAAAUCAGCUCGACAGUGUGUUCUUUUCAUGGCCUUUAUUAUUUAAGUCUUCAGCUCUCUUUUUCCCUGAUCGUUUUCUGUGGUUCAAUGACUUUUCAUUUUUAAUAACUGAUUUCUUAUGACAUGAACAAUUUGACCAAAAUUGAUGUCUAGUGAAUUGUUAGCCAUGUUGUUUUUGUUUCAUAUUAUUUGAUAUUCCUGUUUUCAUGCAAAGUCUCUGUGUCACAUUAUUAGAAUUAAGGUGUUCAUGGGCAAAAAAAUUUAAUAAAAACAUAAAUUACAUAUUUGUGCUAGCCACUCAUCAACACUAAACUUUCCAUUUUUUAACUUUCUUUUUGCCGAGAUCAUUCUAAAAUGCCAAGUGCAUCUUCAUCUUUCAUGUAGUGAAGCGCUUCACUACGACAACAUAGUACUGCAAAUCAAAGAUCUACUGUAUUGUUGUAAAGUGCCUGGAUAGCAGAUGAAUAUUGUCAUCUUAUGGCUUUAACGGGUUCAAAGAAGCAUAGAUGGAUUUCUGCCGAGAUAUACAUACAGUCAAUGCAUCCUACCCACAGUAUUUGACAGAGAUAUCAUUACAAAAAGCACAUACUGUAGCUGCAAAUUCUGUGAAUAAAUUAUGAUUGAAAUUUGUCUUUUGGAUUUACCAUCAUUUUCUGAGUUGGCUCCAAGGAUGCAUUGAUGUUCAAAGUGCAUUGAAGUUGUCCGGAUAUCCUCAGAUAAUCUUACUUGUGUGACACAGCAGAUUCAAAUAACAGCCACAGUCGUGGCAGAUUGUAACAUAACAGUAGAACCUUCUCAAGAUGAGAUGCGCAAACUGAUCAAAUAAGUUAAAAAUAUACAAAUAUUUAUUACUUAAUAAUUCCGUAUUUGCUAUUUGAAUGAACUCUUGCUACAGUUUUCCCAACUGAAUACUUUGCUGCUAAAUUACUUCUCUGCUGUCUGUUAUACUUAACUUUUUGUUGCCUUAAUUAAUAUCCAAUACACAUGUGAAAAAUGCAGUGAGAAAAGAAUUUCAAAAACAAGGCUGUUUUUCAUUUAUUAAAUACACCAUCACAUACAAAAUGGGUAUUAUUUGUGUUAUUUGCUUUAUUACUUUCUUGUAAAAUUCUCUGUGGCAAUUAAAUUUCCUCCAAAUAAUGUACAUUGAUAGAUGCAUCUAAUUUCAGCUUCCUUUAUUGGUAAGUUCUACAUUUUAUAUACUAUGAUAUACUACAGGCAUAUGGAAAAUUAAAUGAGUAAACAACUUGUGACAGGGUUGCCAAAUAGAUUAAAGAAUAAAAUAAGAGUGGCAGAUUAA